AUGCAAGUGGGGAAGGUCUGUGCCGCGUAUCCGGGACAAGGGCCCAUCCUGUAUUCCUAUUUCCGAAGCUCCUGCUCAUGGAGAGUUCGAAUCGCUCUAGCCUUGAAAAACAUCGACUAUGAGACUGUAGCCGUCAACCUCAUAAAGGAUGGGGGCCAGCAGUUCUCUGAAGAAUUCCAGGCCCUGAAUCCCAUGAAGCAGGUGCCAGCCCUGAAGAUUGAUGGAAUCACCAUCGGCCAGUCCCUGGCCAUCAUCGAGUAUCUGGAGGAGACCCGGCCCACGCCGCGACUCCUGCCUCGGGACCCGAAGCAGAGGGCCCAGGUGCGCAUGGUGUCUGACCUCAUCACCAGCGGCAUCCAGCCCCUGCAGAACCUGUCUGUCCUGAAGCAGGUGGGACAGGAGAACCAGCUGACCUGGGCCCAACAGGCCAUCACUUCUGGCUUUAACGCUCUGGAGCAGAUCCUGCAGAGUACGGCGGGGAGGUACUGUGUGGGGGACGAGGUGUCCAUGGCUGACCUCUGCUUAGCGCCUCAGGUGGCAAAUGCUGACAGGUUCAAGGUGGACCUCACUCCCUACCCCACCAUCAGCCGCAUCAACAAGUCACUGCUGGCCUUGGAGGCCUUCCACGUGUCUCACCCCUGUCGGCAGCCGGAUACACCCCCUGAGCUGAGGGCCUAG